UGAUGUCUGCGCAUGUGCGGCUCCCGUUCGCUGUUGGUGUUCACAUACUAUACACUGGCAGUGUGCAAGCAUUGGUAGAGGAGCGGCUCCCUGGAGACGGACGGAGGCUUGGGUUGCUGUGUUCGGGGAUUGAAUGCACUCAUCCGGGGGACGUGGGUGCUGUGCACGAGAAUAGCAAGUUUAGAACAUGCAGAAAAUACUGGGACAAUCUUUGGACUAGGAUGCUGUUUUGCUAGCUACUCUUCCACUCUCAGUGAUGCGUCAUAUGAAGAAAGGCCUGCACCAAGAUGCAUGUUAUGAACUGUGUCUCUUUGGUAAAUGAUAAAGAAAAUGGUGACUGCAGUGUGGUCAUCACAGACUUAAUGCUAGAUAACCCAUUGCCACCUCCGCCUCCACCACCACCUCCUCCUCCGCCACCUUUGCCUCAGUCUGUGCCACCACCUCCUCCUCCCCCUCCUGGGGCUCCUCCAUUUCUGAAUCAUGGUAGUCAUGGACACAACAAGAAAAAACGCAUGCGGAGCUUCUUCUGGAAAACCAUCCCUGAGGAGCAGGUUAGGGGGAAAACCAAUAUCUGGACUAUGGCUUCUAGGCAGCAUCAAUACCAGAUUGAUACAAAGACAAUUGAGGAACUAUUUGGUCAGCAGGAGGAUGCAAAGCCUGGUGUUUUUCGGAGGACUGGGAGCACCAGGUCUUCUUUCCGAGAGCCAAAGGAUGAGGUUUCUCUUUUGGAUGCAAAAAGAAGCAUGAAUAUUGGAAUAUUUCUAAAGCAGUUUAAAAAGUCCGCUGAUCAUAUCAUUGCUGAUAUUCGGAGGGGACAGUGUGAUUUAUAUGACAGUGAGGCACUACAAGAACUUCUUAAGCUGUCUCCAGAGCCAGAAGAGGUAAAGAAGUUAAAAACAUUUACUGGAGAAAUAACAAAGCUGUCUCUGGCAGAUUCCUUUAUGUACAUGUUGAUUCAAGUGCCAAAUUAUUCUCUGCGAAUAGAAGCAAUGGUGCUUAAAAAAGAAUUUUCACCUUCCUAUUCCUCUUUGAGUAAAAACAUGAUGGUUAUCCGGCUGGCUACAAAAGAGCUGAUGUCAUGUGAGCAGCUGCAUUCCAUUUUGUACUUGGUGCUGCAGGCUGGGAACAUUAUGAAUGCGGGGGGUUAUGCUGGAAAUGCUGUUGGCUUUAAACUGUCAUCGUUGCUCAGGCUUGCAGACACAAAGGCAAAUAAACCUGGAAUGAAUCUGUUACAUUUUGUGGCUUUGGAAGCCCAGAAAAAAGACGCCGCUCUGUUGACAUUCUCAGAGAAGCUGCCGCAUAUUAAUGAAGCAGCCAGGUUAUCUACAGAAAAUGCGGAAACAGAAUUUCAUUCACUCUCUACAAAAACAAAAACCAUUAAAGACCAAAUCAAAAAGGACCCUGAACUAGUGCAACAAAUGGAAGAAUUUCUGCAGGUUGCAGUGAAGGAGCUGAAAGAACUGGAUACACAGAGAGUGGAGUUACAGAAAGAGAGUCACACCCUUAUUGAUUUCUUCUGUGAAGACAAGGAAACCAUGAAACUUGAUGAAUGUUUCCAGAUAUUCCGGGAUUUCUGUGACAAGUUCAACAAAGCAGUAAAAGAGAAUAGGGAGAGAGAAUUACAAGACGUUCGCCAGAAGCAGAGACUGAAGGAACUGGAGCUAAAACGUCAGUCUUGGGUCUGCGUAGAGGCUAGAGGUUUUGGAAGGAGUAGCAGUGAAAAUGAUGUGGAGCUGCUGACAAAGAAGGGACUGGAGGAGUUUUUACUUCAGAGGCCCCAAAGUCCACUGAGUAGGAACUCUAGCACAAGGCGUUCUCGUCACUCAUUAGGUGUAACAGCAGACAGAGAACUUCUGAUGUACUUGGAAGCCCCUCCGGACGAUCAGUUAAACAAAUGUAAUAGUCUUCCCAGAACUCACACUCGCCAGUCAAGACCAACAAUUGCAUGGAUGAAAGACAAAAAUGAAGAGGACAAUAUGCACUUAAAUAAAAAUGAAGCCUUUCAAUGUUCCUCACCUUUGCCUACAGUUCAUAUUAGUAGUUUUGGAAAUGACCACACUGCCAUAGCAAAUAAACAGAACAAUCAGACCAAUAUAGACCGCAACAACAACCAGCCACAAAACUGCCAAGACUAUGGAGAUGCUUCAGUCAAAAAGACCCCUUUAAGCCCAUUAGCAAUCAGUAUUCAGGAACGUGAACUGGUUAGAAAGUUACAAAAAUUUGAUCUUCAAGGAUCUGUGCAUGAAAAUACAGAAGAUGUUUGCUUAACAGAUUUGGAGACGUUUGAAGAAUUAAGUAUUCAUUCCCUUAGCCUUGCAAACAAAAUUCUUCUACCAUCCAAAAAUACCAAAGACUCACCAUCGAGUAUAUAUGAUGAGGACAUGAGUAUGACUGAGGAAUAUUCAAACAGUACAAGCACUCCUGUGUCGAAAAAUACAUGUACUUCUGAAAAAGAGCAUGGAACAAUUUUCUAUGUUGAAGAUACUACUGAAGACUCCUUAUCUUUGGAUCAUUCUGAAGCACAAAGUGUAAACUGUAAAAUGAGGGACACAUCAGUUGCAAUGGAAACUAAAAGUGAAAAAGUGAACAUAUCUCCUGAUCGGCACAAAAAUGUGGACUGUAGCACUGGAGAUGCUGGCAGUACUAAGGAAAAUACAAUAAAAAGUAAAGAUCACAAAAGACCUAACUCUGUGAAAGAAAGAACUUCAAGCUUCUCAAAAUCAAAUACAGCUCGUUCAGUUACUGCUACAACAAAACCUGUGCGCAUGUUGAAUGAGUCUGAGCAUGAGACCAUGCGGAAGGUUGUCCCCAUUUCUAAGGCUACCAAGUCGGGAAGUAUAAAACGUACAGAGCUCAGAAGCUCAGUGCGAGAUGAAGGGAAAUCUGAUGAACUAAAACAGACUUUUCGGCACUCCCUUAGAGCCAAAAAUGAUAAUGUCCCAAGGAGUUCCCCAAUAACCAGUACAACUGCUGAAGAACCUAAGUUACAAAGAGGUUCGAGUUUUAUAGCUAACACUUCACGUUUUCAAAGGGACCAGAUCCAGCGCAAAAGUUCUGUAAAAAAACCAGCCGCAAAACCAGUUCGGAAUAUUGCUAAACCAAAGCCCGAUGAAACCAAGAUAUGUAGGACAUCUCCAAAAGAAUCAAAUUCUACUGAAACCAGCAAACCACAACCAACCACACCUUUACCCAGCCCCAAAACCCUGCCCUCUACACCAAGCUUUGCUAGAAACACUGUUGCAUCAUCCUCAAGGCGUGCAAACCCAGAACAGUCCUCUCCAACCACAGCAAAGACAUCAACAAUAACUAGAUCGUCAUCAAUACGUCAGUCUAAAGGAAAGUCUGAACCGUUAACUAGGGAUACAAACACAAGGGAAAAUGGAAGAGUGAAUACAUUUAAUAGGACUGGUAGUAUGAGGACACUUGGGAAAGGGAUGGUUGCUGUUGGAAACGGCACACCUGAGACAGUUCAGAAAGAGAAGGGCAUUGUUGAAAAGUCAUCUGUAAAACUAAAAGAUACAGGCAAAGCUACCUUUGGUAAAAUACUUAAACCUCUGCUAAAGUAGAUGAUUAAUUUAAAGUUCCCAUUACUAACAUGACAACCCCAUCUGGGAGAGUUGGUAAAGACAUUUUUCACUUCCCCAUUUUGACGAGCUGCGCACAUUAGUCGUAGCAAUUUUAACAUUAAGAAGAACAUGAUUGUUGGUAUAUCCAGGUACUCUGUGUGGCAAACGAAUUUGACAGCCUCAUGAAGGAAUUUGUGCUGAAUGUAAUCUGAUAUUCGUGGAGCGCCACUUGAUGGAUACUUUUUACAGGUUGCAGUAAUUGGAAAGCUCUACUUUCAAAGGUGAUUGCUCGGCUGUAAAACAGAACUCUGGUUAGUGUUUGACCUCCAAAGGUACAAAUUAUUCACUGACUUUGUAUGGUUGGCUGCUUAAAGCUAAUGGUAUACUUGAUCAUACUGCCACUGGCAUGGAUAUUCCAAAGACUCUGCUGGGUGGAGUCUUUUGCUUUACUGGAUGAUAAAAUGACUGGCACGGGUGUGUUUCACAACCUCUCAAGGAAGCACACAAAAGGAUGAAUCAUUGACGACAAUGUUGCGUUCACGUACAAUGAUAUCUAGUUACAAGUGUACAAAAGUGCCAUGUAUUUAUUUUGCAUUUGAAAGGUGUUACUGUACUAUAUUUAAAUGCUAAGUCUUAUUUGAGAGCACUUCAACUAUUCAAUGUUUCCAUUGUGAUUGUUCUUUGUUUUAUUAACAUGUGAAUCCUGCUGCUAGGCUUCUGUCCUGUAAGUUUUGAUAUGGGGAGAAAAAAAAGAACUCUCUGUUCUUCGUAUUGCUUAUACUGUUGGCCAAACACAGUGGAGAUCACGUGUAAUGCAUAAUAAUUAUUUUCUCCUAGAAUUCUGCAACUGCACUCAGUGUAAGCCAGCCUAGAAAUGUUUACACAAAUACGUCAUAACUCCUCUUUUGUAGAUGAAAGGUCUUUGUAGCAAGUGCUACUUUUUAGAACUGUACAGAGUUUGCUUUGUUUACCAUGAAAGAGUACACCUAAAAAAUUACAAAGUUGGUCAAAUGAAUGUCCAACAAAUCUCAGCAACCUGUCAGGUUUAAAGCCUAUCUUCAGACAGUAUUUUUUUUUCUAUCACGUUCAAGGGUUGGAACUUGAAUUUGUAUUGCUUUGUUUGUAUGUCUGCUGGGAAGAGAUUCCAUUACUUCCUGUUCGAGUGACGGGGAGUCAGAGGGACAGGAAGUGAGGGGAAAUCUCUGCAGAAGGAAAAAACACCACAUCCAUUUUAUAGUAGUAGUGAAAGGACAGAACCUCUGUGAGGUUUAACUUAUUAUCUGUACCUGACCCCAUGACCCCUGUUGCAUUUUUUUUGCCCUGUUGACACAGGAAUAUAAAGCCAAAGUAAAUCUCUCCAGUGGUGUCAGACAGCAAUAGAAACCUGGUUCUAACCCUUCCCUACCCCAUUCAAAUAGUUAAUAGAAAUUAAACACAAAAGACCAUUUUGGCUGGAGUUUGUACUUAAAUAUUAUAGAAGUCACAACAGAUGGCUCAGACUGUUCCAAAUUGGUUACAAAGGGUUACAUACAAUUUUGCAUAUUGCUUUUUAAAAUAUUUUUUAUGGCAUGUUAAUUAUGUAGCACAAUGUGUGAAUUGUCCAAAGGACCAAAUCCUUACCUAGGUUGAGAAGAUGUUUGAAAUAGAUUUUGGCCAGUCAUAAAUCUUCUUAUUAUAACCACUAUGGGAUUAUAGGAUGGUGCUUUUGUAAGGGUGCUGAUUCAGACUUCUGUAUAUGCUUUGCCUUAUUUGACAAGUACUUAUGGUACACUUAAGCAUUUGGAGUCUUAUCCUUGGAUACUAGUAAACAGAAGUGUCCAAGUAGAAAAAAAUUGCCAUUGAUAUGGCUGUAAAGCCUUAUAGCAUCCUCCUAAAACUGGACGGACACCACUAGUGUGUAUUAAGUUACUCCGUUGGGGGUUGUAGAUUUUUUUUCUUCUUAGAAAAUGCAAAUAUUUAACACCGCUUUAUUUGAAGAGAAGGGUGACUGUCUAAAUUAGGACGUUCUUCUCUUCAGACUUUCUUGUUGCCUUAUGUCUGAUUGCUGCUUACGGACUAUAGAUUUUGGUAAUAAAAUAGCCAUUUUUUUAUAUACAAAAACAGGUCAAAGACUUACUGGAAAACACAAUCAUUACCUUGACGUUGUGUUGAGCAUUUCUAAUGCAGCCCACAGGGUCUUGAUUCAGGGAUCCAACAUUAUAAGUGAAAUAAAGUUGUGUUUUUUUUUAUUAUUAUUAUAAAUUCUAGACCCGUGCAUCUACCUGGAAUUGUGAAAGGACAUAUUCAUCCCUUAGACCCACAGACGAGCAGAUCUAUCAUAGAAUAUAAUGGUCUGAAAGCGAUACCUGUGUUAUCGCAACUGCAGGAACAUUUGCCUGUUAAUUCAUGAAAUCGGCAUCUGGCAGACUUGUGUGGUAACAGGAGAUCUCCCCUUUCUUUGUAUUACAGAUAAAGGAUCUUCUUUCUCCAGAGUGUUAAUAAGCACUUCCAGCAUUCACUCUCACACAGACUGUUAUAGUGCGCAGAAAAAUGGGUGUGAGGCAGAUUUUUAACCUGUAACAAGGAAUCAUGAGUAAUGACAAAUGACUUGAAUUCAGCUGCUCUCCAUGAAGCCAGGAGGUCCCCUAAAAAAACAGCGAUCACUCAAAUUUAGACAUUCACAUGAAGUGCAGCUGAAGCAUAGAUGAGCUAGUCUAAAGCGUUAAAGGAAGUUGUUUCUAUGCAGUUCUGAUAAACAUAGUCAUAUUUUUUUCAGACCUCGGGCACUCAUAUCAUUGUCACAAAUCUACUGGUUAUGGUAGGAUUGAAAAAUUAUCUUUGCCCGGAUAUUCUGUGACUUCUAUAGAGCCCAAUGGCCAAUGCAUCUUGAAGGGAAAAAUCUAUUGGCUAGGUUGGAUUUUCCUGGCUAAUUGCUAUUGCUUUACCUCAAAAUUAGCAAUUUUGGAGAUUUCUUCCUACCCGAUAGGACUAAAUAGACAUAAUUUGGGUCAUUCAAGCAUGUGUGAUACAAGGAUUCAUGUUUGUUGGCAUAGAGCCUUAUUGGUUCUUGCAUAGUGAAAAUGUAUAACCCUGCUACAAAGUAUCUAUAACCUCCUCCACUUCACUGAUGUGAUCUGGAACCAUUGGGCUCAGAGCUGCAGAUUUUUCCAUAAAAUAUAGAUCAUUCUCGUUGCUUGAUUGAGAUCAUCAGUGCUUUAUAUAUGUUGCCAAAGCAAUGACUUAAGCAUGCAAUGUGUAAUGCUUUGCAAGUGUGGUGAUGAGAAAAAUAUCCUCUGUGUAGUUUGUUAAAUGAGAAGGAUGGUGAAUACACUAUGCUUAUUAUUGUGUUGUUUUUUUUGUUUUAAUCCAGUUAAAGUAAAACAUACAGGUCAGAGUUUUUUCUUCCUGUCCUGGUCUCAUUCAUGAACUGUAUAUGAAAACAGAUACUCAGGGGCAGGAUGCACAGCAUUAUUUGGUAUCUUACAGUUUUUCAGUGCUCUCAUUUGUAUGUACGUUUAACUACCGAUUCCGACUAUAAGUUUAUUUAAAUGUGUUUAAUAUUGUAAAUUUGUAUACUAGAAGGUACAAUGUACAUAGGCAAUAUAUAUAUUUAAAGGACCUUUACAUAUUUCAGAAUAGUUUGCUAAUAAAUCUUUCAACUGACAA